ACUUUCGCGAAGGACCAAAAUCUUGCGUCAAAAAGAAGAAAAGAGAAUCAUACACAGAAUGACUACAGCAACCGUCACUUCUACGGGGUUACAGGCUCUGGCACCUCCCGGCCAGCCAGAUAUUUCGUAUCAUCCAGAUCAUGAAAAGUGGCAGGCUCGCAUCGCACGUCGACAACGAGAAGGCAAUUUGCCAACAUCUAUCCCCAAGGGCUUUCCAGGAAAGCUUACUGGUGAUUUGGUUUGGGAUGGGGAGACGAUAGCGGACAAUUACGACUGGACUUUUGUGUUUAGCACUGAACACCUGGCCGAGAUUGACCGGGCAGUAGCUCAUUUCAAAGGACUCAACAAGCCUCUGGGAGCCAUCAGUCAGGAGACGUUUCCCUUGCCGACGCUGCACACACAGCUCCGCGGACUGUCGGCAGAGCUACACAGCGGCCACGGCUUCUUCGUGCUGCGGGGGCUAGAUGUAGACAAGUAUACACGCGAGGAGAACGUCAUUAUAUACGCCGGUGUUUCCUCGCAUGUAGCGUCUGUGCGUGGACGCCAGGAUCACCAGUUCAACGGCGAGAAGGCCGAUGUCACCCUGACACAUAUCAAAGACUUGACGUGGUCACACGAUAGUAAGUUAAUAGGCAGUCCAGCCUACACGACAGACAAGCAGGUGUUUCACACAGAUCGUGGAGACAUCGUAUCGCUAUUUGCGCUCGAGACGUCGGCUUCCGGGGGCGCCAGUAAACUCGCAAGUACCUGGCGAGUGUACAACGAGAUAGCAGCCACUCGACCAGAUCUCAUUCACACGCUAUCAGAGAACUGGCAAAUGGAGAUAUUUGAGAAGGCCGACGCGCCGUUCGUGGAGAGACCGCUAAUAUUCCACUUCCCAGCGACGAAAUCCACACCCGAGCGUCUCGCCCUCGAGUAUGCUCGUCGUUACUUCGUCGGCUUCGGGGCGUUGCCUCGUAAUCCAGCUAUUCCGCCAAUCACCGAGGCGCAGGCAGAAGCUCUCGACACCCUGCAUUAUCUCGGCGAGAGGUUCUGUGUAAACACGGACUUUCAGAAGGGAGAUAUUCAAUAUAUAAACAACUUGGCGAUCUUCCAUGCACGAGACGGCUUCACAGACACGCCUGACAAACGUCGGCAUUUGUUGCGUCUCUGGUUACGUGAUGCUGAAAAUGCCUGGGAGACCCCGCGGGCUCUUCAACCGCAGUGGGAUCGGCUCUACAAGGGUAUUACUGUAGAGAAUGAAGUGCUUCCGCUCGAGCCGUAUAUCCGUAGCAGCGCAGGCCAUAGGCCCCGUUGAGCACAUAAGUCACCCAAAACUUAGCUUGGAAUUCGUGUCUACUGCUCAAUAUGGUGUCGUGCUGCGGAGAAGCGAACAGCAGGUGGAUUGGGGUCUGUCUAUUUGUGUAUUGUGAUUUGUUCUCUACAUUUACAUGAAAUAUAUAUUGCAAACUUUGUGAAAACUAUUCAAGCCGAACAAAAACGCCCUUCUAGUGUUGUUGCUUCUUGUAAUAAGGUGCUGUUGUACCGGACCUAAUCAAGAAGAAUCUCGUAGUGAUCUGUUGCAACGCGAACCGGUUCAUCGCG